AAAUCCACUUCAACACUCCCCACACUAACCAACUCCCCUACAUCAAAAGAGAGGCCGAGAGAGAGAGAUCAAUUCAUUAUCCUUAUCCCCCCAAAAAAAUGGCUUCUCUUGCCGCCGUUGCCGCCGUGCAGCCGGUGGCCGUCAACGGCCUCGCCGGCAGCUCCCUUGGCGGCGCCAGGCUCGCCGUCAGGCCCUCCCUUUGCCGCGCUCCGCGGCGGUCUGGCCUGAGGUCGCGCAGCGGGGCUGUGGUGGCUAAGUACGGCGAGAAGAGCGUUUACUUCGAUCUCGAAGACCUCGGCAACACCACCGGCCAGUGGGACCUGUACGGCUCCGACGCGCCCUCGCCCUACAACCCGCUUCAGAGCAAGUUCUUCGAGACAUUCGUAGCCCCUUUCACCAAGAGAGGCUUGCUGCUCAAGUUCUUGAUAUUAGGCGGUGGCUCCCUCCUUGCCUACGUGAGCUCAACAGCCUCGGGAGACGUCCUGCCGAUCAAGAAGGGCCCACAACUGCCGCCUCAGAAAGGCCCACGCGACAAGAUAUAAACUCUUUGUACUGCUACUUCAUCUCUUUCACUACUCAUUUAUGUUGUCGAUAUAGUACCUGUUCAAACUGCUCUGUAAGUAAGACCGGAUCUUCAUGCCUAUUUAUCUAAAAUUCCAUUUGUGCUUGCUGUAGGGAGAAUA